AUGCACGAAAUCACCAUCUCCAACUUCCACGGAUUGCUGCGCCAGGAUCCUUCCAAUGGUCCAGCACUGGUAGCAUAUUACCUGGAAGCAAUCAAGCAACACGACAGCAUACUCAGGACCCUUAUAACAGUCAACCCAGAAGCCCUCCAAUCCGCCGAACAAAAGGCCACAGAAACCGAAACAUUCAACAAAAACAACACCCCCUACCCAGCAUUGCACAGUAUACCCAUAAUCCUCAAAGACAACUAUGGUACAGAAAAGCUCCCCACCAGCGCAGGAGUAUCAGCCCUCCAAACCCUUCGCACAACCAACAGCGAAGUAGUAACCCGCCUCCUAAACGCAGGCGCAAUAAUCCUCGCCAAAGCAAAUCUUCACGAAUUCGCCUUACAAGGGACAACCUCCUCCUCCCUGGGUGGCCAGACCCUCAAUCCAUACGAUGCAAGUCGCACGCCGGGCGGUUCGUCCGGUGGCACAGCAGCAGCACUGGCAUGUAACUUGGGACUCGUGGGUUGCGGGACAGAUACGAUGAACUCGCUCCGCUCUCCAGCAUCAGCGUGUGGAAUUGUAGGAUUCCGCCCGUCGACAGGGCGAAUCUCUUGUACUGGUCUUGUACCUGUUUCUGAGACGCAGGAUGUUGCAGGGCCUAUGGGGAGGCGUGUUUGUGAUGUGAGGGCUUUGUAUGAGGCUAUGAAAGAUAAAGAUGGAGAUAGAUCGAUUGCUACAUCGAUAUCCUCUCGCAGACCACGCCGCCAAAUUCGAAUCGGAGUCCUGGAGGCAUACUUCCCACUCGAGGGAUCAUGUCGAGAGUCGGAGCUGCUCUCUGAGAACAAGAUCAUACAGGAUAUCAUUCGAAACAGUCUAUUCUCUGUCGCAUCUCAAGAUGAGGAUAUAAUCCUAGUCCCAAUUCCACAAUCCAGCCACCCAGACUGGAGCAUCACAACACUCCUCGAAAAAGCCGACACCCAAGCCUUCGAAUUCAAGCACUACCUGGACAAAUUCCUCCAAUCACCAUGUAUAAAAUCAACGCCACAUUGCACCCUCGAUUCAAUCAUCCGAAGCGGAGAUUAUAAUCAAAAAGCCUCGACGUAUGUCUUGACAGCUGCACUCGAAGACGCAGAAACAUAUUCGCCCGGCAGCGUGGCUCAUAAAGAGCGAUUGAAGUAUAUCGCCUCACUGAAAGAAUCACUAGCUGAAUGUUUCGAUGCAUAUGAUAUCGAUGCAUUAGCUUAUCCACAUCAACGACAGUUGCCCGUGAAAAUUGGGACUACGAUACAGCCUGGUCGGAAUGGAGUUUUGGCUGCUUUGACGGGGAGGCCUGCUAUUUGUAUCCCUGCUGGAAGAAGCCCCAGCUCCGAGUGUGCUGUUCUGGGUGUACCCGUUGGAUUAGAGCUCAUGGGUCGCCGGUGGGAGGAUGAUGAGUUACUUGAUAUUGCUGAGCGAGCUGAGGGAAUUUUGGAGGCUAGAAUAGCACCUGACUUGAAUUGA